UUUAAACUUUAACAUGUUUUAAAAAUUAUCCUUCCUAAAUACCCUUUUAUAAACUGAAGAUGCGAGAUUACGAACAUAUGUCCAUUAAUGUAACAUACGUAUAUAGGAUAUAUGUCUGUAUAUUUUGUAUGAAUAGUAAUCGGCAAAGGUUUAAGUCGCAUUUAGAAAUCGAAAAACGCGGCUGAGUUGGAUAAACCAAGAUUACUGUUCAACCACUUGAUUAAUGCAACAUAUGAUGGAUUUUCCACAAAAUUAUUCAGAUAGUGAAGAUUCUUUAAAAUUUUCUCUCUUAUUAGAAAAAUUACUCACGUUAACUCAAUCCAGAAUUUGUGAUAGAAAGUUACUGAAUGGAUUCUUCAAAAAUAUUAAUGAAAUAGAUUAUAGAAAAUUUGUCAUACAAGAUAAAAGUGCUAUUAUGCUGCUAGUCAAUCAGCUAUGUUUAAUUAUACAACCUAGUGAAGUUCCUUUAGUUAUUGGAUGCUCGCAGUUUUUAGUAAAUUUGAUAAAACGAGGUAUUACACUACAAGGUAGAACUUUUACAGCGUGCAAAAGGUGGGUUCUAGAAAGUCUAGAAUUUUCCGAUUCAAUGGCUGCACCUGAUAUACUUUGUGCUUUGCAAAGUCUUCUAUUAACUGGACCAUUUGAUAGCAUAAUUCAGGAUCUUAGAAAAUUACUUGGAGGAAAUUCAAUUUUAUUGAAAUAUGUUUAUCCCCACAAUGAGCAAUGGAACGAAGAAAAAUUCUUAGCUUUAAGUUGUUUAAAAGCUAUUUUAAUUAAUAUGGAAUCAAAUGAAAGUUCAAUUUCUCUAGAAUUUUUAACAAUUAUUAAAACAAUAGCUUUCCAGACAUUGAGUAAAAUGUCUUAUGAAGAUUUAGAUAAAUUGUAUUUUAAUAAGAUGGCAAGUCAGUGCUUACGAAUUUUAAAUAAUGUUCUUGUUGAAAAAUCAAACUCUGAUAAUAUGGACGUCAUCGGUGAAUUUCUAGGUAUAAUCCAAGUUUAUCUUUUUCAUGGAAUUGUUGGAUAUCCUAAUAUAAUACCACAAUUAUUGCGGCCAUCCACAAUGAAUUUACCAGAUAUAACACAUCCUAUUCAGAAAAGAAAAUACUUUAGAAAUCACAAAACUAAAACUAAACGACAAUCUUCAAAGAAAAUUACUACUGAAAAUAAAAAUAAUAUUUCUUUAGAAACUAAAGUACCUUUCAAAUAUUCCAGUGAUUCAGAUACUUCAGAUACUGAAAAUAAAAAUAUUAUUCAAUCAGAGUCUAAAGUUCGCUUGGAAGCAGCACAUUUAUUAAGUACUCUAGUUGAGCAGUCACAAAAUCGUGAACUUUUUGGAUAUUGGACACAAAUAGUUGCUAGCGGAUCAAGAACGGAUGCCAGAGUAUUGACAAGAUGCAUUUUACGCGAGCCACUGUCUAAAAUUAGACAGAUAGCUCUUAUUACACUUAAUGAUUUAUUAAUAGGAGCUAGGAUGUUCCUGACUCACGCAGAAGAUAAUGAACAAAUGUCUUUCGUCACAUUUUUUGGAAUGCUCAGUUCUGUAAUAAAGGAAAUACAUUUCACAUUAUCUCUUCUAUUAAGUACAGAAAGAAAUGUUGUUGUAUUAACCCAAGGUUUGAAAUGUGCAGCUGCUCUCAUACAAGGCACACCGUAUUCCAGACUUAAAUCUGGACUGGCUACUAAAUUAAUUAGAAAUUGCAGAAAUCAUUUGUUACAUAAACAUCCCACAGUUCGAGUAGCAGCACUUGCUGUUUUUGAAACAUUGGCUUUAUCUGAACCAAUUACACCAGAAAUUUUUAAUAUUCUUGCAAAAUCUUUAAAUGUUGAUACAGACACAGAAUUUUCUAAUUCCGAUUUUAAUACUACAAAUGAAACUGAAACUGAAGUAAUUUUUGAUGACUUUGAUGAAAAUAUUAAAAACAUUGAUUUUAAUACAGAUGAUAAUACUCAAGAUAUACAAAUAAGUGCUUUAGUUCAAGUUUGUCUUAAAACUAUUUCAAAUGAAACUGCAAAUGAACCAGUUAGACUGCAGUCAUUGAAAUUAUUGGGAACACUAGCUUUUAAUGCAAGUAGUCUAAUUUUUCCACAUAUUAAAUUAAUUGUUGGAACUUUAAUUGAAAUAACUAAAGAGCAAGAGGCACAAGUUGUAUUUCAUGCUUGUCGUGUCUUGGAAAUUAUUGCAGGACGUUUAGCAGAUUUAAAAUCUGAUGAUGUAUGUAAAUUUUGGAAUAUUACAUUCAAUCCUAUUAUUUCAUUGGUACAACAUACCCAAACUAGUUUGCGAGAAGUAGCAUGUGACUGUUUAGGGAAUAUUGGCGCUGAAAUGUUUGCCCAACUACCAAGAGACAAAAGCAUAAUGAUAAUUACAGUACUUUUCGGAGCAAUACAAGAUGAUGAAAGCGCAGUCAGAGCUGCUAGUUUACGUGCCUUAGGACUAUUGGUAUCUUUAUCAUCUUUAGAAGAAGAUACUGGAUUCCUUAUGGAUUUAACAGAUAUAACUUGUACAGCUUCUGAAGAUCGAAAUCUCGGAGUAAGAGUUAAAGCUGCUUGGGCUUUAGCUAGUCUUUGUGACUGUUUAGUUAAACGAGAAAGCAACUCAGAAGUUGAACCGGUACCUUUGGAUAUUGUAUUACCAAAACUUUAUAAGACCAGCAUUAAAUCAGCUCAAGAUAAUGAGAAAGUUAAAUGUAAUGCAGUUAGAGCAAUAGGAAAUAUUAUGUAUUUAUGUAAAAAAAAAUCAAUUCUAGAAGAUACUUUAUCUGGCCUUAAUGCUGUGCUUAACUGUGCUGCAACCGGAAAUGAUAUGAAGGUAAGAUGGAAUGCAUGUCGAGCUAUUGGUACAAUUUUAAGUCGUAAUCCAGAUACAGUAUUACCAACACUAUGGAAAGAUAAAGUUUUUCCAGUAUUAUGUGAUUUAGUAUGCAAUAGUCCAAAUUUUAAAGUACGUACAAAUGCAGCUUGGGCUCUAUCAGUUUGUGAAUCUUAUGAUAAAUAUAUAGUUAGAUUAUGGAAAAGUAUAAUGUUAGGACUUGAAAAUUCACAACAUGUACCUAGUUAUGUUGAAUAUCCUCAUAGAGAUGCUCUUGUACAACAGCUUUGUCUUACACUUUGUCACUUGGCGGUUUAUACUGAAAUAUCAGAAUUGGAAUCAUUAUGGAUAGAAAUAAAGGAUCAUUUUGACGAUAUUAUUUAUCAUAUUAAACAAUUUCAAGAGCAUGUAUUACCAGAAAAAGCUGGAGAUCUAAUGAAGGCUAAACUACAAUUUACUUUAUUUGCUCAGCAAGCUAUAAAAACCAAUGAAAAACAAAUAGCUACCAAAUUAGUAGAAUUAUUUAAAAAGGAUGAAAGAUAUGAUAACAUGGGUACCUUGUCUAUUUUAAAUUGAAGUCACAUACACAUACAUAAAUAUAUGUA